CGGUGCGGGGCCCAGCGCUGGGCGGAGCCUUUGCUGCGCCUGCGCAGUUUCGGGUUAAAGGUCUGCACCAGCUUCACGCAGCCAGUUGGAGGCAGGACAUGAUGGAGGGAAGUGCGGCCCUCGUGGGUCAUAAAGUGGCCAUGGCCGGUGGUGAUGUUGGCCUCAGCGGCCCCCAGGUCAAUGGUGGAAACCCAGUGCGUAGUGUGGAAUCCUUGCUAGAUAUCUGUGCCAAAAUAGUGGCUGAACAUAUACCGUUCCAGCGGAUAGAGGAGCGGUACAGCCGAAUCCCCGAACCCGUACAGCGACGGAUCAUCUACUGGUCCUUCCCGAGGCACGAAGCCGACAUCAGGAUGUACUCUUGCUUCUCCUCGGUGGGCAGUGACCAGCACAGCCUUCCCUUCUACCGUGGCCUGCGUCUGGUGGAGUCCAACAUGGUGGAGGGCGUAUUGCAAGUCGGUUUCCAUCUCUCUGGGACGGUCAUGUGUACUCGAAGCUCCGUGGGGCCCCUCGCCGCUGCCGCCGCCGCCGCCACCACCACUACCACCACCACGGCCGUCGACUCCACCACCACCUCCACCACCACCUCCACCACUACCACCACCACUACCACCAACACCACCUCAUCCACCUCCACGGCCCCACAAAAGUGCCAAGUCUCCAUAUCUUUCGACAGAUGCAAAAUAACGUCGGUGACGUGUUCGUGCGACACGCGCGACAUCUUCUGGUGCCCGCACGUGGUGGCACUCUCCCUCCACCGGAUCCGACACGCAGACGCCGUCCAGCUCAGGAUACCCAUCUCAGAGACGCUGCUGCAGAUGGACCGCCAGCAGCUACAGAAGAUGAUGCAGUACCUGAUCAGCGAACACCACACAGAGGUCCUUCCCACCGCUCAGAAGCUGGCUGAUCAGAUCCUCCAGCACAGCCACCCCAUCAACCACAUCCAAGGAGCCCCAGACCCCACAGCAGGAGGGAGUGCUGAAGAAGAACACUGUUGGCAUCUGGACGCUGAGCAGGUCAAAGAGCAGGUGGGCCAGUACCUGACUCAGGGAGGCUACUACAAUGCCAACAAGCAGCUAUACUUUAUGUUCACUAAGGUGCGGGAGAUGGUUCGUGCUAGAGACAGUAAUGGUGCUAAAAUGCUCACAAUGAUCACUGAGCAGUUCCUUAAUGACCCCAGACUCUUACUCUGGAAGUCCCAGGGUACCCCAAUGACAGACAAGUGUCGACAACACUGGGACCAUAUAGCUGCUUUGUGGGUAUGUGUUGUGCUUGCCCCACACAGUGGUAUUUUAGUGAAACAACAGUGGCAGAGAACCCUGGAGCAGUGGGCACACACAGACGUUUGUCCUCUCGAGGAUCCUGAUCACAGACACCAGGACAACAAUGAUAGAAAUCAUUCAGCAGCUUACUACCUGAGUUCUGAUGAGGAGUCAAGUGAUGAGGAUAAUGAGCUUAGACGAAGAGACCCCAAUAGAGAUGUUAAUAAUAGGGAUCACUACCAUCGUCACCAUCAUAACCAUAUUCAUCAUCAUAACCAAAGAGAAAUUAGAGAUAGAGAUAGAAGAUCUUCUCACAGACGACACAAGCGACGGAGGAUUUCUGCACCGCCCCGAACAAUAUUCCAUAGAGCAAUAGAUGCUUGUAAUAUGUCUUGGGAUGACCAACAUUUGCAAACCAUUCUUGCUGGUGAAACCCCGGUGCUAAGGACUUCGCAACAUUCCUCUUCUUAUUACAAUGAACAAGGACAACCACUCUGGCAUGAACCGGUGCCGGUGGCAUGUUCUCGUGUCGACGCUCUGAGAUCGCAUGGCUAUAACUCGGAAGCACUAAGACUUGCUGUAGCUGUGGUGCGAACACUAAAGCAGGCACAGAGAGAAGCGUAUCUCUGGUGGGGAAGUAAGAGGGAUGAAAUGCUCCCAAGGUGUUCUGCCUCAAGAGCCUGUAGAUCCCUUGGUCCAGGAGCAUUAGAAAGUUGGGUGGGACAUCCUUUAGACCCCAUAACCUGUCUUUUUGAUACUUUAGCUGAAGCAUCCCUCUUACCUGAAGAUUUACCAAGAUUUCAGUAUCACAGUGAUUGGUUAGGUGUAGCUAACGAAGAUGCAACAAAUCUGGCACCGCUGAGAUACCGUCAUGUUCCCAUCCCAGGCUCUAGUGAUCCUUGGGAGUCUUACCUUACCUUAGCCCUGGAAGCUGCACUAAUUGGCCUUGGCCAGCAACGUGCUAUGCCUCCUGGACUCUAUGCCCAAGAAAAAGCCUGCAAACAAGAAGAAAAGAUGAUACUAAAACUCCAAGAACUUAACCUUGACUCGCCUCUCCUAGCGGUAUUACGUCGUCAAGCUAGAUUACUUUUGGAGGGUGGACCAUUUUCUGGGCUUGGUGAGGGCAUUCACCCGGAGAGUGUACCAAUGCAUACUUUCACAAAGUUCCUAUUUACCGCUCUUUUGCCUCAUGACCCUGACCUGGCAUAUCAACUGGCAUUAAGAGCAAUAAGAUUACCCAUCCUGGAAGAUCACGACGAUGUAGAUGAUCCAGUUAAUGGUAACGUGUCUUCACUGGUGCUGUCCCGAUAUCCUCGCUGGUUCACUUUGGGUCACAUUGAAACUCAGCAGUGUACUCUUGCCUGCACGAUGAUAAAUGCAGCAAAGAACGAUGUUAUGCGCUUACGAUCAGUUUUGGAUGCUGCCUUAAGGAACAUUCACAGUUCCUCGCAUCUCUUCAAAUUAGCUCAGGAUGCAUUUAGACUUGGCCUUCCUGGAGAAGGCCAGAGAAACUCGCUCCUCCUAAAUGCUGCAUUGGAAUUAGGACUUCAGGUUAUGCGGAUGACUCUUACUUCGCUCAACUGGCGGCGUCGAGAAAUGGUUCGUUGGUUGGUUACUUGUGCAACAGAAGUAGGAGUAUCGGCUUUAAUUUCGAUCAUGCAGAAUUGGUUCACACUAUUCACUCCAACUGAAGCAACUGGAGCUGUAGCUUCAACAAUCAUGAGCCACACAACAGUGAUGCGGUUGCAGCUGGAUCGUUCCAAGCAAGAUGAGCUUGCUGCUUGUGCUAGAUCACUAGCUUUGCAGUGUGCUACUAAAGACCCACCUAAUUGUGCACUGAAUGCCUUGACUCUGUGUGAAAGUGAUCCAGUAUCGUUUGAGACAGCUUACCAAGUAGUUGUGGAUGCUGCUGCUCACACCAUGUCAUCCUCCCAACUCUUCACUAUUGCACGAUACAUGGAACACCGUGGAUACCCACACCGCGCUUACACUCUGGCAAUGUUGGCCAUGCGCAGUGUUCAUUUAGCGUAUAAUCAGGAUCCUCAUCCGGCAAUUAAUGAUAUCCACUGGGCUGUAGCGUUGGCACAUUCACUUGGUCGUGCAGAACUCUCCCAACUACUACCAGUGCUCAUUAAAAAUGUCCAGUGUGCAACUGUGUUAUCUGAUGUUUUACGACGUUGCUCCUUAUCUGCCCCAGGCAUGGCAUGUCCAGACUCUAAACGUCGGCCAAUUAAGCCUCUAGCUUUUGAUAAGGCACCUUUACGAGGCCUUCUUGAAGCCACAAUCCUGGCUUACAUCAACACAACAAAUUCUCGCUUGACUCAUAUUUCACCUAGACACUACCAAGAUUUUAUUGACUUUUUAACUAAAGCCCAUGAAACAUUUAUGCUUGCCCAUGAUGGACACAUCCAAUUUGCACAAUUAAUUGAAAAUAUGAAAGUGGCAUACAAGGGCAAGAAAAAGUUAAUGUGCUUAGUACGGGAACGAUUUGGCUGAUGUCUAGUGAAUCAGUACCAGCGACAUUGCAGAAAGUGCUUCAGUAAAAUAUUAAGUUCUUCCCAUUAAACAGCUCAAAAAAAUGUCAUUAUUAUAAGUUUUGCAUUUUUCAAGGCCAGAUGUCCAACUGUGAAUAACUGUAUAAAUAAGUGCUAUAAAAGUGGUCUGCUGAGUGGAUUAGAUUAUAAUUCAGUGACAUUAUAUUUUGACUUACCCAUUUUUUUUUUUAAGUUGACCACAGUGAAGUAGCACUGUAAGUUAAUAUUUCCUAAUUGUUAAUUAAUUCUCAUGGCAUGGUACAGAGACUUUUUUUGUGAAUAACUGAAAGAACCUUUGUAUAUUUAUCCCUUUUAAUAUAUAAUGACUGAUAGGUAACAUGUACAAGCUCGUGAAUUGUUGAUAAAUCACUAUAAUUCUGAUUUAAAGGUAUGUGCAAGUUGAAUUACGUGUGCUAAGAACGUAACAUAAUCCUCAUUUUAUUUUUAAUACUAUGUAUAUUAUUUAUUCAAUUGCUUUUGCAAGUACUGUGUAUUUAUACCAAAGAUUAGUGAGAAACAAAUGGGUUAGCACUUUGCAUCUAAUCCAAAGCUGCAAGCAAACCCAGUAGACAGUGUGAUACUAUGCUAAGUGGAAUCCCACCUCUUAUGCCCAUAUCACGCGGAGUUGGCGCCGUCAGGGACUCCAGUACAAACUACGGCAAAGUUCACGUGCUAAAGAAUGUUCAGGCUCGGUAGAUAUUCUUACCUUAUCAGCCAGUGAUAAGUCUCAAAACUCUAGAGCAGUCAAUCAUAACUGGUAAGAAAAUUCUGGAGCUUAAGCAUUUAGCUUCUGUGGAUGCAGCCUAUAUUGUCAGGCCUCUCUCAGUCUCUACCCUGCAAUAGAAUAUGGGUUGAGGAUGCAGAUACUGAUGCAGAUAUCUUGGGAUUUGGGGUAUCUGAUCAAAAGAUUGAAACUCAAUGCAAUAUAUCAAAAGAACUAAAUAGGCAUUGCAACGUAUAAUUUGGAUAUUAUGAUAUUUUUAAUUUUGUUAGGUACUGUAUACUGUAUAAAGCCAAGAAAAUUUGAAAAGAUUAUUAAAAUAAAGAACACUAAUAUGAAAAUGUGAGAAAGUUAAAAAAACUCUGCAUGCUGAUACAGUAUUUAAAAUUGUGAUGUAACUGAUACCUGUGAUCUUUAGGUAUGAUUUCAGAAAAGCUCAAAAUCCUGUGUUAUAUGAGCAGUGGAUUAUCCAUACCGAAAGAUCACAUUGCCUGACCUAUACACAAAAUAUAAACGUCAAUAUAUUGCAGGAGUGACAACCAGUGGAAACAUAUAGUCGGAAAUACUGUGUGCUACUGUAGUGCUGCCUCUCAACAAAAGUUAAUUUCCGACGAUAAUGCACUUUAGUGAUCUACCUCCGUAUUCUUAUGUAGCAAACACAGCCGUGGCCUAUGUAGAUGGUUGUUUUUGUUUGCUGUCUUGCCAUAUCUUCAAAAGGUCCAGUGUGUUAUGUAUAUGAUCUCAUGUCUAAGGACAAAAAAAAAGUCUCUUUCUAGGCUGUAGAUUUCCAAGUGUAUAUAUACAUAUGUGUGUA